AUUAUAUAUGUACAUACAUACAAAUCUGUUAUAUAUAUACAAAUGUACAUAUAUUUAUAUUCCGAAUAAAAAUAAGAAUUACCGGGUAUUAAAAGGAUCGGCUGAUUGCAAAAAUGGAUUAUGAAUUAGAAUUAAUUGAUUCCCUGUCAGCAUUAGCUUAUGAGGGUCCGUGCUUGAAAGUGGAUGGUCUAGUUAAAGCGCUGGAAGGUGGUCCUCACGAUUCAGAUUUUCGUCAGCUUAUUGGUUGGUUAACCGAAGAACUGCAUGUCUUGCGAAAAACAGAUGAGCACGUAGCUGAGUUGCAGGAUCAAAGUGAAUUUUCAAUGGAACUUUCUGCUAUGCUAAAAGAACUUGGAUGCCCUUAUCAACGUUUUGUUGCUGGUCCGUUAACCGGAAGAUUCGAAACUCGAGAGGCGUGUGCACAACUACUCGAUUACCUCUUAACAGAAUUAAUGGCAACGAAAAUGUCUUAUCGUCUUCGACCUGCCAAACAAGCACUUAUUAUUCCUAAAUCUGAAACUAAUACGGCGCGUUCUCUGGAACAGCUCUCUCGAGAUGUUGGCCUGGGUAAACCACCAGAUAAUGUUUCGCCAAAAGCAUUUUUUGAUAAACUCAAUUUUAAAGUUGAAGAGCUAAUGCGCAAAGCCAAACCCGACGUGCUGAGUGAACCAUUAUUGAAUUUAAAACAACCUCUAUCUGCAGCACAAUGGAAGGAAUUGGAUGCAAUACUUUCCAAUCUAGAUUUGGAAUAUAAUAUGCGUAGACAAAUGCUGUUGACUCGUCUUGAAGUAACUAUACAGAGUUUUCAAUGGUCUGAUAAAAUGAGGUCAAGAGAAAAUGAAAUAGCAAGUCGCUAUCAAAAGAAAUUGCAAGAAUUAGAUCCCUUGCGUUUUGGUAAUGAAGAUACAAAUAUUGUAGCAUUUCUUGCUGCACGUGCAGAUUUGGCUAUUAUUGAAAAAACAAGUUCUGUGCAAGUGCAAGUGCGAAAAAACACAGGUUGCAAAAUACAAAAGCAUGUAAUAGGAAGCGUACCAGAUCGGGGUGGUCGAGCACAUGAGCAUGCUCCCCCGCCUCCAGAAAUGCCCUCUUGGCAACAGCAACGAUCUCAAGGACCUGCUGGUAACGUUGGAGGAAACUUCCGGGGUGGGAGAGGUGGAGGUGGCGGUCGAGGAGGCAGUGGCCAUUGGCAGCAAUAUUCAAACGCUCCACAACAACAACGCCAAUCUCAACAAUUUGAACCACGUCAACCUACCGACCAAGGCCGGAACCAGAAUUGGGUUAGCGGUAGCGGACGAGUUCAAGGUAGCGGCUGGUCCCAGCAUAAUAAUGGUGGCUUUUUUCAAGGUAAUGAGGGACGCAGUGGUGGUGGUGACAAUUUUAACCGGGGACGCUCAAAUUAUCAUCGGGGAGGCAGUGGAGGCGGUGUUCGUCGUUAAAAAUAAAUAAAUUACUCACCUACGAAAAAUAUUUUGGAAUAAAAACAAAAUAUUCAUGUA